AUGGGAAAUUUGAGGAGUGAGCGUAUACCUGGCGCCCUCCCAGCCGCCCCACCCCUAUCGUUUCCUGCGUGCGACAUGCCAGUUGCCUCUGACGGCGGUGAAAAAGAAAGGGAGCUCAAUUGGCAUGCAGCGAAAACAAGUGCCGAUUCCCGGCUGAGCGCGGCGGCAGGGGUUGAACCCGGUUCCGCCAUGCAGGCGAAAGAAGGGUUUCCAGGCAUGCCGCGCGCUGCGUGCAAGAAGCUCGCGCGACACGCCUGUCCUCGUUACGGCGAUUUCGUCAUUCUUUACGGCAGCCAUGAAGUCGUUAUCCCCGUUGUUUUGCAGCGCGGCCGAGUGUCCAACAGCCGCCUCGGCAACUACAGGCACGAAGACAUCGUGGCUACGCCGUACGGAUCCAAGGUCAAAGAACGCAAGUCAAAAAGAUGGCUGGUUGUCAUGCAUCCAUCUCCGGAUCUAUUUUCGCUCGCGCUAACGCAUCGGACGCAAAUUCUGUACCACGCAGACAUCUCUUUAAUUCUGAUGCUCUUGGACGCUCAUCCAGGCAAACGGAUCUGCGAAGCGGGCACUGGGUCGGGCUCUCUGUCGUGCCAUUUGGCAAGAGCCGUGGGACCAACCGGCCGCGUUUUCACAUUUGAAUUUCACCAGCUGCGGAGAACGGAGGCAGAGGCGGAGUUCAAGCGCCUGGGUCUCUCAGAGUACCUCAAGUCGUUCCAUCGCGAUGUGUGUGCGGAAGGCUUCGUCAUGGCGCCCGAGGCUUUGAGCAGUGGAUCGGCCUCAACGCGCUGCGGCGCCUCUGGGCCGGCGGCAGCGGCAGGCCCCACAGCCCGCAGCGGGGAACGGUGUCGCGCAGGCGAGGCUCCAAGAGCUGCCUCGGAUGCCGCGGAAACGGCCAGCGGGGGAGAGAGCAGGGACGCGACGCGAGAACCGGAGCUGCCGACCCCUGGAUCUAUCGACGGACUUUUCCUUGACGUCCCCUCGCCGUGGCUGGCUUUGGAGCACGUGAAUACAGCCUUGCGAGAAGGCGGCCGCUUCGUGAACUUUUCACCUUGCAUUGAGCAGGUCCAGCGCGUGUGCGAAUCGCUUUGUGGACGCGGGUACCAAGGCAUCAGGACGUUCGAGGUUCUGCGGAAGCCGUGGGGGGUCUGGACCACGAAGCCUACUGCCCGCCACUGCUCGACUCGCGGAGACGUGUAUUCCGAGCUGUCGAACCUCGUUCAGAACUGCCCGCCUCAAGAGAAGGGGGACACUUCGGCGAGGGCCGGAGGAGAUACAGACGCAGCCUUGCCGCCGGAAACGAGCACCGCAUCUCCUCCUGGCGUGUCCUGUCCAGGAAGCGCUACGGAGCGCCAAGCAGAAGGGGCUUCGUCCGAGACGCCGAGAGAUGGCAGUAGGAAGAAGAGGAAAACAGGUGGGGGACAAGGCUGCGUGGGAGAGGGGAGUGACCAGGAGGUGCACCUCGCCACAUUUCCCCUGCUGAUCAGUCAGCAGCUGGGUCAGGCUCUUCCUGAAGAAUUUGCCUCGGCAGAAGGGCAAAGCCACCGUGGGGCCCCGCCUGAGAGUCGAGAGGGCGAGUCAGGAGGCUGCGCCGGCGGAGGUGAUCAUGACGACGCACAGUGCGCAGCUGAUGCUGCAUCGAGGCCGUCGUGUGAUUUUGGAUCCUGCCACAAGAAGGUGCAGAGAGACCGGCAGUCCGGGGUUGUCCCCGUCGAUUUCGAGGCGACACAUUAUCCACUCCCCAUGCGCGGUCACACAGGGUACUUAACUGUUGCCGUCAAGCCGCACGCGCGCUGA